UUCUGCAAUAAAUACUAUUCACACAUCAACAUAAUAGGUUUCACCAUCUGCUUAUACUUGAUCCACCCAUUUUUUCCUACGACACUUGACAAUACAGCCUAAGAAAAGAGCGAGGCCGGUGAUGUCGAGCCGCCUCACAAUCGACCGCUCAGCGGUUAAAGAUAGGAGAGGAUUCGGGCUUUUUAGCGACGACGAGGACGAUUCGGAUAUCGAAAGAACGCCCGUCUCAUUCAGCGGAAACAAGAGUGGUUUUCAAGCGUUAAGCCCAGGGGAUGCCGGUAAUUCCAGUCCUGCGGCCUCAACUUCUUGCAUGAUUUCUCCACUCGCCAGUUCAACUCCCACCAGGGGGUCGCGCAAUUCUGCAUUGAUCACACCUCUGCGCCCAAGGUCGGCGCACAGAUCUACUCCUUAUUCAACCACCACUUCACGGGCUCUGAUGCGCGCGAAGAUUUCGAAGGAUGCCACGAUCGAUAGGGAGAGCGAGCUCAUUAGCACGGAGACUACAUACGAGACUACUGCUACUGCCUCGGUAAAAAGGUCCAAAUACACCAUGAGCGGCGCUAGAGAAAGCCCACGAGAAGAUAUAGAACCUGAGUCGGAUGGACGAGAGGAACAGGAAGAAGCGGAGGAUAAGAAGCGGGAGCAAGAAUUUUCGAUUACUCCGAGCAGAAAUAUCUUUUCUCGAACAACUACGCCGAGCAAAACUCCGACAAAAUCACCCAAGAGGGAAUCGCAAGUUCCUGAGACAGGCAAGAAGACAUGGGGACAAUGGCUCGGCGCCAUCCUUCCAGCCAGUGUUAAAAAGCCAGUCAAGGCAAUCUUGGGUGAUCCUGCAGAGCUCAGAUCCACUAAGCCGGAGGUACAAACUCCCAAAGAGACUCCCGCCCAAGAUUAUGACUUUGAAGACAAUGAGGGGCUGUCACUUCCAGGAAGCUUUGGAAAAGCUCCUCCAUCGCCCGUGCGCACCCCGUCUCAACCAUCAUCUAGGCGAGAACAGAGAAAAGUGGAGAUUUGUUACGAAACCCCAAGCCGCGAAGUCUUGUUUGCAUAUCAAAAACCUAAGGUAGCGGUCGCUCCCCGUACUCUACCUCCCCCCUCGAGAAGGAUCAUUCCAACCUUAGCACCCUCCAGCAAGACACCCGGAAGAUCAGCCUCACCCACUGCCACCCAAAGCAGCAGUUUCCAUAGGCCCAGUAAUUUUAUCGAACGCAUGAAGUCUGCAAAGAGGACUAACCGUUAUGACCCCUACUCGAGACCGAAAGGAACAACUUCUCGCAGGAAGAAGAGAAGUCCUGAGCUCAGUGAGCCUAUGGAACUCACUGCCGAAGAGGAAUUGGAACUUUUGAAGAGGAGAGAAAAGGAGAGAAAAGUGCAAGAGGCUGAAGACCGAUACCUCAAACGAGAGAUUAGGAAGAAACUCGGACAGGAGGGCCCAGAACAAGAUGGCGACGGCGAUUCGGAGAUGUCUGACACCGAUACUUCAUUCCCCCAACCCAGUAUGGAGGAAGUACCAGACGAAGGCGAACCCCCGGAAAGGGCCCCAUCGCCCCUGCCACCCAAGUCUCCUGUCAAGCAAUCUGUUCCCUCCCCCUCUACCACACCAAUUCGCCCAGUACCAACCUUUCUCUUUGGCAACUCUUCCCCAUCAUCCACCACCACCACCACUACUACAACUACCCCCGCUGCCCCGGAGCCAGUAACCGCCCCAACAUGGUCUUUCUCCUCCGACUCGGACAAGGAAAACAUCUCCUCUGGCCCCCCGCCCCCACCAACAAUGUCCCAUGCCCAGCUCCCCGCCCCUUUAACCACCUCCAGCCACCCCCCCGCUAUCGCCGGUGGGCUUCUAGGCACGUCCCCUCAACCAGCCGGCGGUUUCGGUCUCGGCCUGCCUAAGGAAUCCACCCCCCUAAACCGCCAACGCAGCGCUGCCGAGAAAUUCAAACCACACGUUAGCAGCGGCCUCCGCGAGAGCAGCACCGUGGACGAAGAGAAGGAGAACGAGAACGACAUGGAGAACAAGAAGCCUUCCUUAGGGUAUGAUAAGGAGAACGCACCCUCCUCUUCUAGCGGUAAGCUCGGCGGGCCGAGCAGCGGCGGCAUAGGAGGAGGACCAGCCUUGCAGAGCGUUUUCAAACCAUCCGGCGCACUAAAAGAGAACUCUGGUGUGUUGAAUCUUGGAAAGAGCGAUGUGAAGGUUGACCUUAGAGCUAAGAUAGAGGCUGUUUGUCCCCUCCCUUUCUAUCUUUUAUUCGUUUUUGGUGCCGAGGGCUAA